AUGAUUAUAGAGAUAUUCACGCAUAUUGAUGUCUCUUCUUUAUUAUACGACCUACCCACUGAGCAUACGGGCUCGAUAAGGGACUGUAUUGGGCGUGCAUUUCGAAAGAAGUCUAUAUAUAUACCGGUUGUAACUGCUCCUGAGGAGAGUGAAAGCCAACUUCCACCCAAAACACCUCUAUUCAUUCGCUCGAGUCACUUGUGCAACAGAUAUCCUGUUACUUUCAAUAUGACAAUUAUCAUCUCCAUUGGCAGGAUUGCCUUGUUUACUCUCCUGGCCUUUGAGAGUGCCGUCCAGGCGAGCCCUAUCCCCUACGACAUCAGAGGAGACGUCAUUAUUUCCAUCCCCAAUGGCAGCCACACUCUCACCAGCAGAUCAAACACCGAUUCACUACCACCCGAGCUUACUGACACCAAAGCGAACGCGAGAGUGAGCGAGCUCAAGACGGUGCACAGAGUGCCGUCGCAAAGUCAUCCUCCCAGGGGGCGGCGCACAAACAUACCGAAUCCCAAUGGGCCGACAUCUGAAGAGGCAGUCAACAGGACCAGGGACUAUAUCGAGGCUAAACCUGUCCGAGAACAAGGAAACCCAACUGCAGUGAAAGUCGGAAAGCCGCGUGGAAAACGUGAAGAUAAUGACGAUAAAUCAACAUCUAGGCCGUCAACUCCACCCCCGACCCAGAUGGCUGUUGAUCAUGUCAGUCCUAUUCCCGGUGGCCCCUGGAAGCACCGGGAAGAGACCAAAUCGAGGGAAACCAUGAAACAGAGACUGAACACAUUAACUAUCGUACAGCCAGGACUUAACAGAGGCAAUGUCUAA